AUGACAGCGAAUGAUCCAGAAUUUUAUUAUGCAAUUGAAGUAGAUAGUAGUGGACAAAUGAGGAGUGUUUUCUGGGCCGACGGAAGAUCAAGAGCAUCUUAUUUGCAAUUCAGUGAUGUUAUUGUGUUUGAUGUGACAUACAGAACUAAUAAGUUGGGUCUUUCAUUUGCUCCAUUUACAGGUGUAAAUCACCAUAAGCAGUCCACUUUACUUGGUUGUGCAUUAUUAGCCGAUGAACAGGAAGAUAUCUUUGUUUGGUUAUUUGAAGAAUGGCUGAAAUGCAUGCAUGGCUUUGAACCAGGUGCUAUUAUAACAGAUCAGGAUAGAGCAAUGUGUAAUACUAUUAACUCAGUGUUUCCAACGACAAGACAUCGUUAUUGCUAUUGGCACAUGCAAAAGCAUAUUAUUGAUCAUUUGCCUACUUUGGUAUCUCGUUAUAGUGAACAGUUUCAGAGGUAUUGGGGCUUGUGGUGCAAUAGUUCUUCAAUUGAACAAUGUGAAGGAUAUUGGGUUGAGAUGAAAGAGAAGUUUGAUAUAAAUGAAGAAGGGGAGGGAUGGUUGCAAACAGUUCACAAAUGCAGAGAACACUGGGUGCCGUGUUAUCAGAAGGACACUUUUUUUGCUGGAAUGAGAUCAAGCCAAAGGAGUGAAAGUAUUAAUGCAUUUUUUGAUGGGUAUGUUAACUCACAGACUCAAUUACACGAGUUUGUGACACAAUAUAAAAAAGCAGUAACUCAUCGUCGCUUAAGUGAAGCCCAUGAAGAUUUUAAGAGUCUGAACACAAAGUCGGUCAUGCUCCUUGGACAUCCAAUUGAGGUCCAAGCUGGAGAAAUAUAUACACGCAAUAUGUUUGAUGUGUUCCAAACUGAAUUCAAAGGAUUUGGUACAAAGUUCUAUGAAGAAUUGAGAAAAGAUGGGGACAUUGUUGAAUACAAGGUCUGUAAGUUUACAGAUAGAGGAAAAUGGGAGGUGGUUACUUAUGAACAAUCCAGUCAGAUGCAGUUAUGUUGCACUUGUGCUUUGUUUGAAACUAAUGGUGUUGUAUGUAGACAUAUAUUAUCACUAAUGAUGGCUAGGCAAAUGGAUUCAUUACCCGACCACUACAUCCUACACUGUUGGACCAUACAUGCAAGGCAUCGUAACAUUGGGGUUGGCAACAUCGUAUUUGGAAGAAACAUCACCAGCUGUGAAGAGAAGAUUAAUUUAUUGAAAUCUUGGGCUUUAAGAGCAAAAUUCAAUAAUGUGCUCGAGCUUGCAUUUGAUUCAGAAGAGAAGCUACAACAACUUGAUGAUGUGCUAACAAAUUUCAUGGAAUCACUUGAAGAAGAAACCUACAAGGACUAA